CCAUUUAUGUAAACUUAACUAACCUAACCUAAUCUAAUCAUAAAUAAACUAAUGUAGAAUUUAAUUUAUUUAACUAAACAAUUAUCUACCAAGUCCAAACUACCUCAGGAAAACUUUUUUGUACAAUAGCUUUGAUUUAUAUGUGAACAGUACAAUAUUUUAGAAGUAAGAUAAAGGAUUGGUGUUAUUUGAAAUUUGAAAACCAGUGAAACUACACUUCCAAGUUCUAACCCAUCUCAAGACUAAAAAAAUUCCUUUUUUUUAACAAUGGAAUCUCCACCGCAUAAAUGUUCUGAUAAUCCUCAUGCCCAAUUGUAUAAAUGUAAAGAGAGAAAACAGUCACAACAUGAAAGAAGAAUAAAAUUUCUUGAAGACCUGAAAGAAAAAAGAACAAAAUGUACAGACGAAAAUAGACAAUUAUGUGACACAUUUUUUUCAAAAAUUAAUGCUGAAAAUAGUAUGGAUGACAGUGCAGAUCAAAGUACACAAAUCAGUGAUACAUCUCUUAAAGAAAUUGAAAAUGAAAGUAGUAUGAACGAAAGUGCGGAAAUUGAGGAAACACAAUGUGAUGAAAGUGAAGAAAUGGAUGUUGAAACUAGAAAAGGAUAUAAAAAAUCCAUUAGGUUUAAACUCAUGUUGACUGAGUGGUUUCAUGAGAUUCCAGAUGAUUUAGAAGAAGAUUGGAUUGUCAAAUUUUGUCCAGAAGGUAAACGUAUGCUUCUUAUAAGUAUGCGUAAGCUCACAUCUUUUUAUAAUGAAAAGGGUAAAUACGUUUUCAAAACAAGAACCAAGUUUCCUGGAGGAGGAAACACCAAUCCACGUGGUACUACAGUCUUAGAUUGUAUUUAUAAUAAAUAUAUUAAAACAUUCUUUAUAUUAGAUUGUUUAUACUGUAAUAAUAUAUUUACAGUACCUAAUGAAGCUACGUUUAGAUUUUACUGGUUAAAAUCCAAGUUUGACGAAAAACCAGAAUGGUCCAAUUGUGAAAACUCAAAGUAUAAAUUUGUUUUGAUGGAUAGUUUCCCUGCUGAACGAGCUUUAAUUCAAGAAAAAAUGUUUGAUGUAAUGAAAAUACGAAAUAAAGAUGUGCUGUAUGAUGGAGUGGUAUUUUAUCACAAAGAAUCUGAGUACACUUUCGGAAACACCCCUCUGGCAACUUGGCUUCAUUCAUUUAUGUUACUUGAAAAACUUGGCAUAGAUAUUCCUGAAAUAUAUCGUAAAAAGAUUCCUACAGGUUACAUCAAUGCCGAGCAUUAUAUUGAGAAUAGAGGAAUGUUUGGAAAACAUAAAUGGCAGGAGAGGAAUGAAAAAAAAAUUAAACAACUCAUGGAAAUUUAAUAUUUAAAAUGUUUUAUAUAAUAGUUAGAAUUUUAACAUUAUUAUUUAUGUAUAUUAUACAAUUUGACUGACAAAUGUUUAUAUUAUUUAAAUAUGAAUGUAGUAUAAUAUGUAAAUAUGUAGUAUUAAUGUAAGUUCACAUUUAAUGUUGUUAAGAAUAAAACAAAUAUAUAGGUA